AUGGUUCUGCCUAUGUGGACAGAGAGGGGACAAGGGGAGACAUCGGGGGAAAGGCUAGAAAUGAGAGACAGCCGACACUCGACCGUGCCCCUGCUGCCUCAGAGGUCCCCACAGCAAUAUCCGGUUUCCCUAAAUGUAAUUGAGAGUCCUAAACCUGUGGUGAUUAUAGAGCCUGAUACACAGGUGUUCAGAGGAGAGAGAGUGACUUUCAGGUGUAACAUACAGAGAGGAGGAGACACUGAGUGGACAUUUGACUGGAAUAAGAAUGAUCACACACUCUACUCAGACAGAACAACACAGGAGUUCAGCAUCAGCUCAGUUACAGACUCUGAUGGUGGUAAAUACACCUGCAGAGGGAGGAGAAGUGACUCUCAGAGCUCAGAGAUCAGUGAUCCUGUUACACUCUCUGUAUCAGAAAAACCUAAACCUAAACUCACAUCAGACCUUAAAGGAGCUGCACUGACAGGAAACUCAGUGACUCUGUCCUGUACACUGAAGCUGCAGUCUGCUGGAUGGAAGUUUUACUGGAUCAAACCCACACAGAGCACUGAGACUGAGACUGAAACACACUCCUACACCAUCAGAUCAGUUACAGUCUCUGAUGGAGGUCACUACAAGUGCAGAGCUGGAAGAGGAACCCCAGUUUACUACACAGACUACAGUGAUGCACUCUGGGUAAACGUUAUUGAGAGUCCUAAACCUGUGGUGAUUAUAGAGCCUGAUACACAGGUGUUCAGAGGAGAGAGAGUGACUUUCAGGUGUGACAUACAGAGAGGAGGAGACACUAAGUGGACAUACGACUGGUAUAGGGACGAUUACACAUUCUACCCAUCCCACACAACACAGGAGUUCAGCAUCUCUGUUAGAAAUGAUCACGGUGGUAAAUACACCUGCAGAGGGAGGAGAAGUGACUCUCAGAUCUCAGAGACAAGUGAUCCUGUUCCACUCUCUGUAUCAGAAAAACCCAAACCGACUGUGAGUGUGAAUCCUCAGCGCUCCGUCUACACUGAAGACAGAGUUACUCUGAGCUGUAAUCUGCAGUCUACUGGAUGGACUUUUCUCUGGUACCAAGGUUAUUGGCAAUUAAAAGCUCUGACCUCUGUAGCUACAGUGACCAACACACUCAUUGUGACAGUCUCUAAUGAAGGACAAAAAUAUUACUACUGUAAAGCAUGCAGGGGAAACUACAACUCAGAGAUCAGUUAUCCAGCCACGAUUACAGUGAGAGCGAGACCAAAGCCUGUAGUGAAAGUACAGGCAGCUGAGCGUGUGUUCAUUGGGGAAACCGUCACUUUCUCAUGUGAGAUACAGACUAGAGGAUCCUGGCAGUAUCACUGGUAUAGAAAUAAUAAAGAACUCAGUGAUGCUGCAGGAAAGAAAACAUACACAAUCUCUAAUGUUAAAGCCUCUGAUAAAGGUGAUUAUACAUGUAAAGGAACGAAGUCAUCAGACCCAAAAUACACACAGACCAGUGAUGCUGUUACACUGACUGUAUCAGAAAAACCUAAACCUGAACUCACAUCAGACCUUAAAGGAGCUGCACUGACAGGAAACUCAGUGACUCUGUCCUGUACACUGAAGCUGCAGUCUGCUGGAUGGAAGUUUUACUGGAUCAAACCCAGACAGAGCACUGAGACUGAGACUGAAACACACUCCUACUUCAUCAGAUCAGUUAGAGUCUCUGAUGGAGGUCAGUACAAGUGCAGAGCUGGAAGAGGAAACCAAGUCUACACACACUACAGUGAUGCACUCUGGGUAAAUGUUACUGGUGGAUCUCCUCCAGUGUCUCUGAUCAUCAGUCCCAGCAGAACUCAACACUUUACUGCUGACUCUCUCUCACUGAGCUGUGAGGACCAGAGUGACUCUACUGGAUGGACAGUGAGAGGAUACACACACAGUGAGACACUGUUCGAUUGUUCAUCAGUUUCAGGAUCUACAUGUAACAUCAGCUCCCUCUCUACAUCACACACUGGAGUUUACUGGUGUCAGUCUGAAUCUGGAGGACGCAGUAAUUCUGUCAACAUCACAGUGCACAAUGGUGAUUUGAUCCUGGAGAGUCCUGUCCAUCCUGUAACUGAGGGAAAUCCUCUGACUUUACGCUGUUUAAAUCGCUCAAAGAUCUUAGAUUCUGGUGCUGAUUUCUAUAAAGAUGAUUCAGUUCUCCAGAACCAGACUACAGGAGAGAUGACCAUCCACACUGUCUCAAAGUCAGAUGAAGGUUUCUACCACUGUAAACACCCAGAGAGAGGAGAGUCACCGAAAAGCUGGGUCUCAGUCAGAGGAUUUUCCCCUCCAGUUCUAGCACAUGGAGAAGCUCCAUCAUCGGUGCUGAAGCUCCUCAGCAGUGUCGUAGCGGCCUCUCCGUAUGUGCUGGUGACCAUCAUUCUGGCAGUGAAAUGUUCCAGAGCUCGAACUGACCCUGAUGAGGACAACAGACCGUACAGAGUGAUAGAAGCUGCAGCGUUUGUCUGACUGUCAGGUUUUUACAUUAUUUUUAUGUAACCAGGAUAAAAAGUAAAUAUUGUGAACGAUACAGGCUGAGACAUUUUGUUCAGUUGUUUAUUUUGUUUAUUGUCUAUAUUUUUUUUUCCUUUGUGUAAUAUGAAAAUGUAAAAGAUUAUGUUUAUUUAAUAUAUACAUUGUGUUUGAUUUAUUUAGUCAUGGAGAGUUAGGCAGCAUGACCUCAGGAGAUGGAGGAGUUAUUUAGUUAUUAGGAGUUAAAGUUAUUUAGGUGACAGACAUUUCUAGACAUGGGGUAUUGUCCGGGUUAGACUGAACAUUACUUUGACUAAGAGUUUAGCUUGGGUUUAGCCGACGACGCGCACCAGAAGUAGCUAAUUGCUGUUGCUAAGGCCUGAGCUCUUAUGGAGGAGGGACUGUGAAGGCUCGCUCACAAAGUGAACUGUAGGAACAGUCGCUUAUUGUUAAGAGGAAACAGUGGAAAUUGACGGGAAGAUCCAGAUACUGGUUUGGGUUUCCGGAACACUCAAACUUCCUCUGGCUCCGUGGGAUUCAUCGCAAGACUGAGACUUGGGUCGCUGAGGCUGACCUGGGACUGACAUCCCGUGCAUGUGUAGUGUGAACUGCGCCAUUGCCAGUGAGACUGUGAGUGAAUCUUUAUUUUGUCCGCUUUAGGAGUGAAGCAGCCAUUUACUUUCAGGCUACAAUGAACCCUAGCUUCACUACAGGCCUGUAACGUUUAUAGUAGUACUUUUUGUUUGCUUAUAUUCACCGGCUAUUUUUCUUUUAAUUGAAUUCACUCUACUGACUGAACUGAGGCUAGCAGUACUACAGUGUUUUAAUUUUAUAUAUCACCUGUAGGAUUUAUUAUUUCUUUGAGUGAACAAGUAAAUAGUUGAUUGGGUUUUUAUAACUACUGAGUGUUCGUGUUUUGUUUCUCUUAUUAAAGGGAAUUUUAUUAGUUGCGC